AAAUGCAAAUGUUUACAGCAUCAGCUUCCCUGAUUCGUGUUUAGACACAUUCAGUUUAUUAGUUGGUUGUUGACACAGGACAUUAUUUUGUCUGAAGGAUUAUUAACUUUACAGGUGAUAAUGAAAAUCAUCUUUUCUUUGACAGCCCUGCAGAUCCUGAUCGCAAGUGAUCUAGUGAUCCAAAAAUCACUACAAGCAAGCGGCUGGUACUGCUCUCUUCCGAACUACUCCUCCUGCACAAAUCCCUCCAACUUUGUGAACUGUACAAAUAGUUCAAAUACUUUUUGCCAUGUAUACUCCUGUAACCAAACCAAUACAGGCUGCUCCUGUAUGGUUGGUUUGUACAACUGUACCAACAAUAUCAAUACCAACUAUACCAACUGCCAAUAUAAUAUUCCAGAUCUCUGCUCCUGUAAAGCAGCGACAAAUUCCUGCUCCUGUCUGUCAGAACUUGGGAAUCAAGAUUUGACAAGCGUCUCUCCAGAGCACGUGAUGGAUCUUGUUGGCCAGAUCAUAAAUAUCUCAGAAAACUUUAAAAUACCUUCUGACUUGGCAGAAAAUUAUUUGAAGGCUCUUGAUUCUGCUCAAAUGAGGAUUUCUGAAAUGUCCAGUAAUAUUAACGAUCUGGCAGCAAAUGGGAACACUAUGCUAAAAGCCUACGACGUCCUGGUGUCUGCACUUGUGGAGCCAACAAUCAAUUUGAGUUAUAAGAAUUUGAGUUACAACAGUACAGAAAUCAGAGUUCUUGUGAUUGGACAAAAUGCGACUGAACAAAUCAUCCCUUCUGUCAAAACAAAAACUGCUCAAAUGGAUAUUGAUAUUUAUAAAAUUGUCCAGUCUUCAAGAGGAUGGGCUGCUGUGUCUUUUAUCAGCUACGGCUCGAUGGAGGACAUACUGAAGGCAGACUUCUUCAAACCAUUAGAUAAGACAAAUAAAACCAUGAUGUCCAGUGUCAUCUCAGCUACCCUUUAUAACAACACUUAUGACAGCACUGGAACGCUCCUCAGUCCAGUGAACUUCACCCUCAAACACAACAAAGAGGUAAACGACACUGGUAAUCAUUUCUGUGUAUACUGGAAAAACACUGAGUGGGUUGAAGAGGGUUGUUCUCUUGUAAAGACCUACAGCAACUACACCGUGUGUUCAUGUCAUCAUCUGUCAACAUUCGCUCUCCUCUUUCAAUUCGGCAGCCCACCACCAAAGGAUGAUCUUCUGGAGUUGUUGAAUUUGGUGUUAGUGAUCGUGGGUCUGGUGUUUCUUAGUUUGGCUCUGUUGACUUUUGCUUUCUGUCGAUGGAAACCUGGAGUGAACAAUGUAGCUCGAAUCAACCUCUGCAUCAGUCUGCUGUUGGCUCAUCUUCUGUUCUUACUCACACAAAGCUUCCUGGAUCCCAUCAAACAUUAUAAUGUGGUGUGUGCUGUGAUAUCAGGAGCUCUUCACUUCUUCUUUCUCUCCUGCUUUGUGUGGAUGUUCAUUGAAGCUGUGCUGCUCUUUAUCCGUGUGAAGAACCUAUCACAGAUCAGCUCCAAACAGAAGGCGGUGCUUAGCAGCAGAUUCUUGAUUGUGAUUGGAUAUGCGAUCGCUUUUGUUAUAGUGGGCCUGUCUGUUGGAGUGGUUCCUGAAGGUUAUGGCAGUGAAAAAUGCUGGAUUAAACAGGACAGAGGCUUCAUCUGGAGUUUUCUGGGACCUGUUUGCUUCAUUCUUGCAAUAAACACGAUUAUCUUCAUCAGUAUCAUCAUCAUUCUGAACUCAACUCUCAAAAAGCUCAACGCUGAAGUUUCACACAUGAGACAAACCAAGAUUAUGGUUUUUAAAACUCUGGCCCAGUGUGUGAUUCUUGGUUGUCCAUGGAUUCUGGGUUUCUUCACUCAGAACAAGAUGAUCGAGAUUCUCUUCCUGAUCCUGAACUCACAGCAAGGAACCUUCAUCUUCAUCAUUCACUGUGUGCUCAAUAAUGAGGUCAGACAGCAGUAUGGGAACUGGAUGAGAGGUGUCUUUUUCAGAGACGGACCAAAAACCGUCAAAGAAUCAAAAACUGAAAAAGAAACUGAGGACUAGACUGUUCAUCAGUGGCGGAACUAGAAUUUUUUUAAUGGGGUGGCCAGGGGGUGGCCAAAGGUACUUUAGGGGGUCCAUAGUCCAUAAAAGAAAAUGACGUGUAAUCAUGUAUCAAGAAAGCAUAAAUGAAUCUUUUGAUUGCAUUAUGUAAACAUAAUAAGGGUGAAUUUUAAAUCUUUCUACUGUAUUUCUUACAUCUGAUUUACUGUCACCCAAAAAUUAAAAUUCUGUCAUCAUUUAC